AUGUUACGACUCCAUCUCAAGUCUCUGUGCCUGUUGGCACUUGCGAGCGUUUCGGCUUUCGUGAAUGCGCAAACCACAACGCCGAUUUGCACCGGUGGGCCAAUUGAAUCACCGAACAAGUUUGAUGCGAAUAAGGAUUACUUCGCCGAUGCGGCAAACCGAGUUGAAAUUAAGCAUGCAAAGAACUUCCAGGUCACAUACAACAAAAACUACAAAUUAGCCACCGUUACGUUUCCCGAUGGAAAGCAGAAGGCAUAUAAACUGCAUUUGUGCAAUUCGGCCACAGCGGUCCCUACGGAUGUUGGAAUUCCAAUUGACAAAAGCGCAUUGGGCCUGAAGGAGGUGUACGCUGUGGGGUUCUUGCAGCGCUUGGAACAGCUAUCCAAGAUUGCUUACAUCCAAUUCGACGUGCCCGACGUCUCGUCGCCGUGUCUUCUCGGUCAGGUCAAUGCGGGCCAGACGAUACCCUAUAGCGAACCUGGGAUCCCAUCGAACACCUCUGUGGUGUUUGGAAGCGCCGGCCCCGACGGCGUACCGGUAGUGUCUGUCGCCGAAGCGAUGCUGGCUGAACAGACCCCCUUGGCUCGCGCCGAGUGGAUCAAAUUCUACUCCCUUUUCUUCAAUCUGGAAAGCAAGGCAACAUCUAUUUUCGAGAACCAGAUUCUGGCGCCAUAUCAGUGCAUGGCCUCAUACGCAAAGUCCGCCGCGAAGACUCAGAAAACAGUUCUCUGGGUGGCUGCGGACAAAGCCGAGACGCCAGCUUCAUCUUUCUCAGGGGACGGGAAAUACGAAACAGAACUCAUAACGGACGCUGGCGCGACCCGCGUGUUGGUACCGGCCGGUAGUACUAAGGAUGCAACACUUAGCAUAUUCCCGAACGCUAAUACGUUCAUUGAUGACACCGAUACGGGCAAGCAAGAACUGAAAUGGGGAGCUAUUAUGGGCUUCUAUGGCUUUGAUGCAAGUCAAGGAGUGAAUUUUCCUUGGUGGAGAGGGACCGCCACAGCGCAAAUCUUCAAGCCCGAUAAUUUGAGACUACCUGGAGGCCUGAGCUACACGCGCUACAAUGCCCCGGCCAUCCCGGAGGUCGUGCUGAGGAACCUCAUCCAGGUCCUUGGAGGCACAUACAAAUCCCCGGACAAAAUUAUCGAAGAUAAUCUAUACUUCCGCCAUAUUCCGCUGGAGGGAAACGCAGUGCAUCUGACAGCCGACGACUGCGCCGCCUACGUCUACGACCGUACUUUCACAUCACCAACUGGUUUCCCCGACUGCGCGACCGCCAAGAUUGGCGACUCGAGCGACGGCGGCCACGGCGGAGUUUCCUCAGGCGGCGUCGCCGUGAUUGUGAUCUUCAUCUUCACGGCAAUCGCCGCCGCCGUUCUGGGCUACAUGCACCGAUAUGAGUUGAGGGAGUGGUUUGGCAAUGUGAGGGAGCGUGGAUUUGGGGGAAGUCAUAGGGUUGGGGACCCGUGGGGUGGGAAGAAGUUUCAAGGCUUCCAGCUGAAGUGAGCGGGCAAGGCUAGCAGAAGGUAGUCGUAGUUUUUGGGGGGACUUUGGACUGGACAGCACUA